AUGGCAACCACUAUCAAGGAGAUGUUCCACGAGAUCUCGAAGCCGGCCGAAGGCGGUCACGGCAAAGUGACUGUCGUCGGUGUCGGACAAGUCGGCAUGGCGUGCGCCUACUCGAUCCUCCAGCAGAACAUCGCCAACGAGAUCUGCCUCGUCGAUGUUGUCGCCGACAAGCUCAAGGGUGAAAUGAUGGACUUGCAGCAUGGAUUGGCCUUCACCCGGCAUUGCACCGUCAAAGCUGACACUGAUUACUCGAUCACCGCUGGCUCAAAGCUGUGCGUCGUGACCGCCGGAGCGCGUCAACGCGAAGGCGAGACUCGUUUGUCGCUCGUCCAACGCAACGUCGAGAUCUUCAAGGGAAUCAUCCCGCAGCUUGUCAAGUACUCGCCGGACACCUGCAUCAUGGUCGUCUCGAAUCCGGUAGACGUUUUGACCUACGUCACAUGGAAAUUGUCGGGAUUGCCGCAGGAGCGCGUCUUCGGAUCGGGAACCAAUCUCGAUUCGGCUCGCUUCCGCUUCUUGCUCUCCGAGAAGCUCAACAUCGCUCCGUCGUCGUGCCACGGUUGGAUUAUUGGUGAGCAUGGUGACUCGAGUGUCGCCGUCUGGUCGGGAGUCAACGUCGCUGGAGUCACACUCCACGACGUCAAUCCACACAUUGGAGAGAAGCAGGAUUCUGAGCACUGGGAGAGUGAGAUCCAUCGCAAAGUCGUUGACAGCGCUUAUGAGAUCAUCAAACUGAAGGGAUACACCUCGUGGGCUAUCGGAUUGUCGGUUGCCAAGAUCGCUCAAGGCAUUUUCAGCAACUCGAGAAACGUCUACGCCUUGUCAACCAAUGUCAAGGGAAUCCACGGAGUCACUGACGACGUCUACCUUUCACUUCCAGUCGUUCUCGGAUCCAACGGAAUCACCCAUAUUGUGAAACAGAAUUUGACCGAUGCCGAGAUCGCCAAAUUGCAUGCGUCGGCUAAUGCUCUUCUCGAAGUCCAGAAUGGAAUUGUUAUGUGA